AUGUGUAUAGAAAUAAUCAAACACUCAACGGAGGCAGUACCAGGGGAGAUGAAUCACAUACGCGCAACUAUCAACGGAAAACUGUUGUCCCAUGACAUGACCAAUCACCUUAAUAACUUGAAUGGAAAUAGUAGUAACCACUCUUUAUCAUCAACUGAUCAAGAUAACAAUGAGUGCACAGUGCGAGAACAGGAUCGCUUUAUGCCCAUUGCUAAUGUCAUUCGCAUCAUGCGCAAGAUUCUUCCACCGCAUGCCAAAAUUUCUGAUGAUGCCAAGGAAACCAUUCAGGAGUGUGUGUCCGAGUACAUUAGCUUCAUAACAGGAGAAGCAAACGAGAGGUGCCAAAGGGAGCAGCGUAAGACAAUCACAGCAGAAGAUGUACUGUGGGCCAUGAGCAAGCUUGGUUUCGACGACUACAUCGAGCCACUCACCCUUUACCUGCAUCGUUACAGGGAGCUGGAGGGGGAACGUGGCUCUAUCCGCACUUGUGAGCCCCUCCUCAAGCUCAGUAGAGCAGCCAUGGAUCAGUACGCCGCUUUUGGGCCUGUUUUUCACAUUGGUCCUCCACCUUCACACCAUCAUCAUGCCUAUUUUGGGGACUCUUCCUCUGUCAAUGCUUACUUAAAAGAUGCUUCCGUUGCUGCUACUGCUUCUGACGCGGUUGGUGCUCCCGCUGUUGCUGCUGCUGGUGGUCCUGCUAAUUCUGUUACCAGUUUUGAGCCUUAUAGUCACCACCACAAAUAAUAUGUUGUACUCACUUAGCUUGCAAUGCUAACAGUUAACUAUGUGACUUUCUUAAUUAGGCAUGUUUUGUCUCCCCUUAACUUACUAUUUUA